AUGGACGAAUUCGCACAAACCCGUGGCGGAGAUGACCUAUUCGACGAUGAAAUCAUCCCCGUCUCCGCGGAGCAACUACAACAACAACAGCAACAACAACAACACUCCCCGCACACGCAGGACCACCAGUCGUCGUACGAGGAGAAUGUCACGACGACAUCUACACCGAUCGACAAAGAUCUGUCAUCACCGGCGCGGACUGACACCCCGUCGCGAUCGCGCGGGGGCGAGCGGCGGGGGAGGGGACGAGGCAGAGGGGGGCGGGGCGGGCGCCGCGGGUCGCAGAAUACCGGCCGGAGGGGCGAUGCCAGUGUGAGGAACAACCAUAACCACAACCACACUCAUAACCACCAGAAAGAAACUGUGGAGGGCGCUGUGGAGGGACCGGAAGAGACCAGGAGUCCUGUGGAGGAGGCUGCGACUACUCCCUCGGCUGCUGCUGAGACUGAGCAGACGGGUGAGAAGGUGGCAGAGGGUCCGCGGGUGCCUGCUGUACGUGGAGAUCGGAGUGCCACGGGUGGGAUCAAGAAGCCGAAGCUUACGGAGGAGGAGCUCUCGCGUCGUAUUGCGGCUGCCAAGGAGAAUGCGGCCAAGGUUGCUGCGGCGCAUGCUCGGGCUGAAGCGGACCAGGCGUCGUUUCUGGAGCGGGAGAAGGUUGCCGAGGAGAAGAGACGCCAGGAGCGGGCGCAACGUCGGGUCAUGGAUAACGAGCGGGAGCGCAACCGACAGCGCAAGUUGGAGGCCUUUGCGGGUCGGGAGUGGGAUGCUCAGAAGAAGGAGGAGGAUUUCAGCCCCCGUGGUGGCCGCGGAGGUUUCCGUCGGGGGAUGCACGGUGGUAUUUCUGGAUACACUAGACGCGACUUUGACGGCCAGUCUGGCGGUCAGUCUGGCGAUGAACCUACCGAGGAGCCACACGGGGACCACCCCCGAGGGGGUCAUCGAGGCCGCGGACGUGGCGGGCGGGGCGGACGUGGUCGGGGAGGCCAUCGGGGUCCGCGGGAGGAUAUUCCCCAGGUGGACGGGCCUGCUGAGAACGCGCCGGGGUUGAGCGAGUCGAGGUGGGCACCGGCUCCAGUGCUUGAUAAUGAGGCAGAUUUCCCUGCGCUCCCCGGCAGCGAGAAGAGCAAAGAUGUCUCGAAAGAGGGACCGAAAGACUGGGUCAAGGAUAAACAGAACAACACUACAAGGGAUGCCAAGGAUGUGUUCAAGGAUGAUUCCAAGGACGACUCUAAGGGACAGGAACCCAAAGAACCCGUCAACGCCGCCAAUGCCGCGAAGCUGGACCUUUUGGACGUGGACCCUCUAUCGCCUAUGGAGGGGUCGUGGGCCGAACAAGUCGAGUCUCAGUAA